CAAAACCAUCUUUUGUGGCCACCUCCCCGGGAGGCUCAGGGCUCCCACCUGCCGAGGAAGAGCCAUGAAGAGGCGGUCCAUGCUGCUGGCCCUGGUGGCCGUGGUCCUAAUGCUCCUUAUCAUUGGCCUCUGCGUCUGGCUGCCUGAGACCUUCAAGCCCCACAGCCACGUGUACCCCAGAGCUGCCGUGGCCGCGGAUGCCAAGCGCUGUUCAGAGAUCGGGAGGGAUGCAUUGCUGGACGGCGGCUCAGCGGUGGAUGCUGCCAUCGCGGCCCUGCUGUGCGUGGGGCUCAUGAACGCACACAGCAUGGGCAUCGGGGGUGGCCUGUUUCUCACCAUCUACAACAGCACCACACGAAAGGCUGAGGUCAUCAACGCUCGAGAGGUGGCCCCUCAGCUGGCCUCUGCCGGCAUGUUCAACAGCUCAGAGCAGUCAGAGGAAGGCGGGCUGUCGGUGGCGGUUCCAGGCGAGAUCCGCGGCUAUGAGCUGGCACACCAGCGGCACGGGCGGCUGCCCUGGGCUCGCCUCUUCCAGCCCAGCAUCCAGCUGGCCCGCCAGGGCUUCCCUGUGGGGAAGAGCUUGGCGGGAGCCCUGCAGAGAAACCAGGCUGCUAUCCAGCGGCACCCCGAGCUGUGCGAGGUGUUCUGCCGGGAUGGGAAGGUGCUGCGGGAGGGGGACCGAGUGACCAUGCCUCGGCUGGCCGACACCUACGAGACGCUGGCCUUGGAGGGCGCUCAGGCUUUCUACAACGGGAGCCUCACGGCCCAGAUUGUCAAGGACAUCCAGGAGGCCGGGGGCAUCGUGACGGCCGAGGACCUAAACAACUACCGCGCAGGGCUGAUCGAGCACCCAUUCAGCAUCAGCCUCGGGGAUGCCCAGCUCUAUGUGCCCAGUGCCCCGCUCAGCGGGCCAGUGCUGGCCCUCAUCCUCAACAUCCUCAAAGGGUACAGCUUCUCCCGGGAGAGCGUGGAGACACCUGAGCAGAAGGGCCUGACCUACCACCGCAUAGUGGAGGCCUUCCGGUUUGCCUACGCCAAGAGGACCCUGCUUGGGGACCCCAAGUUUGUCAAUGUGACUGAGGUGGUCCGCAACAUGAGCUCCGAGUUCUUCGCUGCCCAGCUCCGGGCCCGGAUCUCUGAUGACACCACUCACCCGGCCUCUUACUAUGAGCCUGAGUUCUACACGCCGGAUGACGGGGGCACCGCCCACCUGUCCGUGGUCUCAGAGGAUGGCAGUGCCGUGUCGGCCACCAGCACCAUCAACCUCUACUUCGGUUCCAAGGUGCUGUCACAGGCCAAUGGGAUCCUGUUCAACGAUGAGAUGGGUGACUUCAGCUCCCCCAACAUCAUCAACCAGUUUGGGGUGCCCCCCUCACCGGCCAACUUCAUCAUGCCAGGAAAACAGCCGCUCUCGUCCAUGUGCCCGGCGAUCAUCGUGGGUCAGGACGGCCAGGUCCGCAUGGUCGUGGGUGCCUCUGGGGGCACGCAGAUCACCACGUCCACUGCACUGGCCAUCAUCCACAGCCUGUGGUUCGGCUACGAUGUGAAGCAGGCGGUGGAGGAGCCCCGGCUGCACAACCAGCUUUUGCCCAACACCACAACGCUGGAGAAAGACAUUGACCAGGCAGUGGCUGCAGCCCUGAAGACCCGGCACCACCACACCGAGGUCACUCCUACCUUCAUUGCUGUGGUACAGGCCAUUGUCCGCACAGCUGGCGGCUGGGCGGCUGCCUCAGACUCCAGGAAAGGCGGGGAGCCUGCGGGCUACUGAGCGCUCAGGCAGGCAAGGUGGACCAGCAGCC